CUGUAUAAGCCCUGAUUUUUGAAGAGCUGUGACUGCUAAUGUUGGCAUUUUUGAUAAAGUGACGUCAUAGUUGAUUGUCUGAAUGACGGGUAGAAAUACUAACCCUUGCAAAGUCCGAUUCGUCAUCAAAUGGGUGGCUUAAACGUUGUGUUUUACUAUUGUACAUUUUGCUCUAAGCCAAACUCGAAUGAAUAAACGUGAAAUAUGUGUGUAAAACAGUUGAAGAAAAUGUGAAAUGAUAAUAUACUUCUGCAGAAGAAAAUAAAUGUAGUUGAAAAAGAACUGAAUAGGUGACUUUUAAAGGUCGCUAAAACAAGAACGAACAGCGUAACCCAUUCUUUUUGCGGAAAAGAAUCGGCAAAGAAUCUUUAAAAAACCGACGCUUGUAAAAGCAUAAAAAAAUCAAAACGAACCGCAACGAAAACAGCCACAGCAGGUCUACAAAAAGUUAUAAAUAAAAUAAAAAAGUGGAAAUCUAAAAUAUAACUGACACCUGUCACCUGUGCGAAAUCUAAAAAAGAUAAUCUUAAUUACAUAUAAUUGUGAUCACCGAAUAAGAAGAAGCUUUAAACUUCUCAACUCUCGUCGCAGCUCAUCGCCAUUGAUUUGGUGGUGAUUUCUUGUGUCUCUUGUUGCGUCCGAACUAUCGACAGUUAGUGCCCUGCAGCACUUGCAGACCACCUCCGCGGCAGCUGCCAGCGUCAUGGGCAGCGUCUGGAAGCGUUUGCAGCGCGUCAAUAAACGUGCCGCCAAAUUUCAAUUUACCUCAUCCUAUCAUGAACUGCGCCUAGAAACGACGGCCAAAUGGCGCCCUUCAAAUUUGUCCGUCGUUUGGACGCGUCGUUCACGCCGUGUCGUGUCGGCGCCGUUAGCCUGGGAGCCGGAUAUGGUGAAUCCGCUGGUCGGUCACAUAUCGUGGCCAGUACCAGAUAAUCAUGCGAUUUCGGUGACACUUUUCAAAGAUCCACGCACCCACGAACUAGAGGAUAAGGACUGGACGUUUGUCAUUGAAGAUAUAACACAUCUCGGCAAGAAGCGCGUCCUCGCCUCGGCUAGCAUAAAUAUGCGGAAGUACGCGAGUAUUGAGUCGACACAGCAAAGUUUUACGCUAAGCCUGAAGCCAACCUCACGCAAGAUUACCGCCGCCGAAUUGGAAUUGACAAUCAGUUGUGUGUUCCUGCGCGAGGGCAAGGCGACUGAUGAGGAUAUGCAGAGCGUCGUCUCUCUGAUGUCCGUCAAUAAUAAUUGUGAUGUUGCUCCACUGGACGACUUAGAGGAUAUACCCGAUCUGGAGAGUUCGGGUGAUAUUUCGGAUCAUUUGUUUGAUUUCACCCAACAGUUGGAGCAGAUGACGACCAGUUUGAACGGUUGUAUGGAUCUGCCAACGCCAUUGAGUGUUCCUUCCUUGUCCGAAGAUCCAACUCCAUUGGCUGAACAUAAUCGUUUGAAUUUUGAAUUCGAAUCAGAGAAACAAUUUGGAUUCGACACUAGUGAUGAGCUGCUCAAGACACCGAGCGCCGUGCAACCGCAACAGCAGACCGAUCAACAACAACCGAAGGAAAAGGAAAGUGUUGCAGCUGAACAGGAGCAUUCAGCUCCCGCGCUGACUCCUGCCAAGUCUUUGGAGGCCAGCGUGCUGCCGGCCAACCUAAAAAGCAAAAUUAUUACAUCCACGCCAAUCGCCAUCUCUGUCCCCACCUUUGUCAAGGGGACUGAAGGCAAGCCGAGCGAGCCGAAUGACACUGGUGCGCGUCGUGAACUCAACUUUCAUGCCGCCAAAAGCAACAGCAGCGCUGAUGCGUCGUCAUUUGCGCAGAAAAGUGACGACAGUAAAAAAGUGGUGCCGACCGUUGCCGCCGAUGCUGCUUGUGAGGAAGCGAAGGUGGCAGAUGCCAAACCUGAACAGAAACCAGCCAAAAUUAGCAACAACAAGUCUACAACAAUCAGUUCACUACUGUCCAUGUCGACUACAGUUCCCACAACAACUACAACGCCGAGUAAGACUGUUGAAAGCGAGAACUUAACAGACAAGUCCAUCACUGCAGGCAGUGACAGCGGUGGCGUGGCACCUCCAAAGCCCGCGCGCAGCGAAUCGAAACGCGCCGAUUUGCCACCGCUUAACUUGAAGAAGAGCUAUGAGCAUGACAACAACAUCAACAACAGCAAUAACAUCAACAACAGCAUAAGCAAUAACACGACAUCGAGCUUCAGCACCACGAACAACAACCAUUUGAGCACCAUUAACAGUAACAACAGUGUGCAGUUGAACGGCUCUGCCAAGCCGGUGGAGAAGAUUGUCUUAAAGGAGAAUACACCGGGCCAGGACUUGCUCGAAUGGUGCAAGGAUGUUACGAAGGACUAUCCCAAUGUGAAGGUGACCAAUUUGACUACCAGCUGGCGCAAUGGCAUGGCAUUUUGUGCGAUCAUUCACCACUUCGAACCCGAUCUCAUUGACAUGUCAAAACUCUCCGCGCACGACGUUGUCGGCAAUUGUCGUACCGCCUUCGACGCCGCCGAGUCGCUGGGCAUACCACGCGUAAUUGAGCCGCGUGACAUGAGUCUGCUGGCAGUGCCAGAUAAAUUGGCCGUGAUGACGUAUCUGCAUCAGCUGCGUGCGCACUUCACCGGCAAACAGUUGCAAAUUGAGCAAAUUGGUACUACAUCUGACGAAUCGAGUUAUGUGAUUGGCAAUUACAAGUCGGACAACCUAUCGCAGAAUCUACUCAAUUUAAGCCACUUGAAAGCGCAACUGCUGCACCAGAACUCACUAGAUGAUGACAUCUUUGGUGUAGAUACGAAAAACAACUUGGCGCCCGCGCAGCCAUCGCCAACAGCGAAGAAGGAUGUAAAGAACCUAAUACUCUCUGGCUCAAAAAAUAUCUUGGGCAAGGUGCUUUCGCCCACCAAAGACAAGAACUCGAUCAACGCGUCACAGCACGGGCACCCGGGUAGCCAGACGCCGCCGGCCGAAGGUAAAGAGAGUUCUAAUGGCGACUUAAAUGUGAGUGCUACGACCGAAGAGUCGCAUAACAAACCGAAUCCGGUGCAAGCCGAUAAACAACAGAUGGCGCCCCAUUCACCCACAACUUUGGAUCCGAAUGUGACGAAUCGCAUAUUUUCACGCCACAAGGAAAUGAGCGAAAAGGCCAAGCCGAUGAUCGAAAAACUGAAAGUUUCCAAUGGCGUGGAGCGUAAGGAGAAUGACGAGGAACGUCAGCAACGUUUGCGUGAGCAAGCGCGUCGCCUCAUUCUCGAGACUCGCACCAAAUCAGUAAAUGGCGGCAGUGGUUGCGGCAGCUUAGACAGUCCGACCACGCCUACCAAACUGAAACGCUUGAACUUCUCCCCCGAGCGCACCAUUUCACCCAUCCCUAACGGCAUCGAGGACUAUGGUGUGCCGAGCACGGGCAGCAAUUCGCCCACAAAGGUGCCGAUGUCGCCGUCGAAGAAGAUAACUCCGCCACGCGAUGUGGACACGCUCUCGACGACCACAAAUAGUAAUAGUAAACUGAUGAGUCCUAGUCAUAGAUUAAGCGAACGCUUCAGCAAUGGCAAAAGCAACAGCGGUAGCAACAGUCCGCUGCAGUCUUUCAAUGCCGUCAUGGAGCGCAUUUCACCAAAGAACGACAAGAAGGGCGAUAAGCGCUCCUACAUCGAAUCGGAACUGGAGGCGCUCGAGCGCGAACAGGAGGCCAUCGAUCAGAAGGCUAGCUGCCUUGAGAAGAAACUGCGUGCGGUCAUGGGCGGCAAUCCAAGUAAUAAUCGUUCACAGCGUAAUCCCUUUAUUAGAUUAAUACGUAAUAGUAUUGGUGGUGGUGAUAGUAUACGUAUUAAAUUGCUUGACAUGGAUAGCGAUGGCCAGUUUUCAUUAUCGCCUUCGGGCGAGGACACUUCGCCAUGCACAUCAUCGGGCUCCGUAACGCCAUCAUCCUUGUCCAGCGAUGAGGAGGCGUCGGUGCGCGCAGCCGAUGUGCGUUCGGCAUUGACGGCGGACGGUGCUGAUGUUGAGAGUGUGGUGCGUCGGAGACGCAAGCGGCGACGUCAACAUCGUCAUCGCUCGCCUACGACGCACCAUGGCAGUCAACAUCAGCUACGACCGCCACACAGCCGUCCACGCUCGCAAUCGUGCAUUGUCGAUGCGAAUGAGAAUCACAGAAAUCAUGCGCAUGCGCAUCAGCAACAGUCGCACAAUAGGUUUAUAAGUAGCCGAAAUUUCGCAAACGCCUUUGCGCCGUUCAAUUUUAUAUUUUCCUCCUCCAAUACGAAUACGAAUACAAAUUCAACCAGAGCUUCCUCAAAUCAUUCCUCCUGUGAUAAUCUGCCAAAGGUGCACUUACACUUGCCAUGUGAUGCUGAGGGCGGCGACAUUAACGACGGCACGCGUCAAAUCCGAUGCCGAACCGAGGAGCCGCCGGGCGGCCGAAGACGAUCGCGAAGCCGCUGCCAAUGCCAUUGUCGCUUUGGCGGCGACUGCGGUGGUGAAACCGAUGAGACGGAGGAACAGUUGCUGUCGCAGUGGUUCACGCUGGUCAACAAGAAGAACGCUUUACUGCGCCGACAAAUGCAGCUCAAUAUACUUGAGCAAGAGAGUGAUUUGGAGCGCAAAUACACGCUGCUAAAUCAAGAGUUGCGCGCCGCGCAGUCCGUCGAGGAUUGGCGCAAGACGGAGGCACAGCGUGAGAAGGAGCAACUGCUGCUCGAGGAGCUGGUGGCCAUUGUGGACAAACGUGACGAGUUGGUGCAGCAUUUGCAUAGUCAGGAAAUUGCUAUCGAGGACGACCACGAGAUCGCGCGCGAACUGGAGCAGGUGGACAUCAGCGGUGACAAGGACAAGUGCGUCAUACAAUAAAAGCGCAUCGGCUAGCUGCGUCCACACGCUGCACCUGAAAGUGAAAGUGUCAAAGUCGAGAGGAGAGAGUUUUAUGACAACGUGCGUGCGUGCAAUGAAGAAACGACACAGACAAUGUGAAAUUAAAUGUAGUUAGUGUUUGGUAAUUUUGGAAUACGAUGCAAUAUGCAACUGUAUUGUUGAUGUAUUCAUUUUCUACAACAGCGACCAAUAAGUAAACAAUCGCUUUACCUAUAACCAAUUGCUUAUGAAUUUAUGUAUUUACUUACAUAUAGCGUAUGUAUAUGUAUGUUUGUUAGCUGCGAGAUAUGUGCGAAAACGCAAACUAUUUUAAUUGCUAAAUUAAAGUAACAGUGUGAACGCUUUUGCGCAAGCAGUUAAAUGAAACAGACAAACUUGAUUGCCAGCUGCAACUGCAGAUAUUCAGCGCUAAAUUAUAAUCAUUUGUGUGUGUGAAUGUGUGAACUCCAAAGCACAACUCCUUACGCAUAACCACGCUUGCAGGCGACAAAUUAUUCAACGAUGACAAUUACGAAAUACGGAUUUGAUCAGUGUAAUAUUCUGUCUAAAAUUACAAAAACAAAAAACAAAAAUUAUAAUUAAACUAAAUUAACUAAAUAUUUAACACGAGUUGCAUAAAGGCACAAUUUGAGAACAACCACGACACACAGCAUAUAUCCUCGAGUAUAUGACAUUGGCAAACUAAAUAAUUCGCGCUUUCCAAAGCUGUUUUCUAAUACUGGAGCUAUACUUUAUUUCAAGCUCUAUCCGACUAAAACGAAUUCUGACUUUGAAGAAACCAUUUCAAACUGAGAAAGUGUUAAUUGAAUAAUGUCAAAUGCAACUCAAAAACAAAUUUGAAAAACGUCCGUUAGUUUUGUAAGCAACAAAUGAAACAAAUUAAAAUAUUGCCGAAUAAUGAGUGUAAACCCUGAAACUGUUACAUUGCAGAUUUAAUACAGCUUACGUUUGACAAGCGCUUCAUUGUGCCAUUUUUCAGUUCAGUUCAACUCACCUACAUAUUUAAACUGUUUAACGAUACUCAUUUCCAUGCUGUUUUUUUUUGUUUGCAAUGCCUUUACUUAAACACAACUGAUUUUUUUUUGGAUUUCAUAAACUGCUUAGUUGAGCAAGCGCCUCGUUUGGCUGGUGGCAAACUUAAUUUCUUCAACUUAAAUUAGCUUUAUCAAUUGCUUCAGUUGAGACAUGUGUGUGUCUGUGUGUGCACACACCAUUGUAAACUAUUUUUAAACAUAUUUUUUAAGUUGUAAUUAUGUUUUAAAUAAUGAAAAUAUAAUGAAAAUGAAAAUUAGUUUAUAAUUUGACUAGUGUGAUCCUAACUGUAAACUGUACCUACCUAUUUAUUAUUAAACAACAUGAGAAAUAAAAUAUAGUUUAUAUAUA